GUCGCAGGAAAGGAAAGUAACUGGAAAUUUAGGAGUGGAGGUUCUUGUUAUCAGCUCCACAAACUAAAUCGCCGUCCGCAAUGGCCGUGGACAACCUAUUCUGGAACAUAGCACCAACUGCUUCGCCUCGACAAUAACCAUCUCCUUUCGCAUCGAAGGGUUUGAGCUGCCUGAGCGCUGCGCGGUCGAUAUGUUUGCAGUCCUGGAUGCUGAGCAGGCGACCAACGUGGCGGAGCAACAUUCAACGUCUAAGCUGCUUGAGGUGCACCUCGUGCGCGAACUGGCGCCACGUAUUGCAAAGACGGGCGUGGUCAUCACUAUGGUGAAUCCGGGACUGUGCCAUUCGCAACUGGCGCGCGACUACGGUGGGGUUUCUGGGUGUGCAAGGUCGUUUUCGCGCGCUCGACUGAGGUCGGCACCCACACACUGCUCGCUGGCGCGUCCGCGGAUGCUAGCAGUCAUGGCGUGUACAUGUCGGAUGGUAUCGUUGCUGAUGGUAGCUUUCAUCCUUUGUCACGAGCAAUGAGGGUGUUGCUGCAUAGCUCAAGCUAUGGGGCUAGCUAGAUGUGCUGUUGGAGGACAUUGCCCUAGGUUGCACUGUUGUUGUGCCGAGGGGUGG